AGAACAAAGCUGUUGGCAUAAUGAAACCCGGACAUGUCUUUACGAUUGAGCCUAUGAUAAAUUCUGGUGUAUGGCGUGAUCGUCACUGGCCAGAUAAUUGGACUUGUGUCACCGAAGACGGUAAACGAAGCGCUCAAUUUGAGCAUACUUUAUUAGUUACUGAGACUGGUGUGGAAAUAUUGACUGCCGGUAAAGAUGAAAGACGUUUCCACCCUGAAAACUGA